CGCCAGUGUGCACGAGCUGUUACUGCGACCUAUAGCGAAGGAUUACAAUACACGCAUUUGGGUUUUUCUUCUGUGUUUUCAUCACAAUACUUUUCCCACAAAUUCUCAAAAUGAUGCCACUGUGGAGUGUUGGUGCUGUCAACAUUAUUUUGCUUGUAAGCGUCAUCGAGGGAUACAAAAACACAGGCCUGGCCCCGGCGGCGCUACGUGUGCGACCACCCCCCAUGAUCCGGGACCACAUCGCCCCGACCUGCUGGAACUUCACCUACGGGAACUGGAAGAAGAUGGAGUUUUACAGCCCCAACUAUCCACACGAGUACUAUAACAACACCGACUGUGUGCUGUAUCUAGAAGCACCAAUCGGUUUCAAAAUUCAACUAGAUUUCAGAGACAAAUUUGAACUUGAGAAGUCCGAUGACUGCAAAUACGACUAUCUAGAGAUACGUGACGGGCCGUUUGCAUACUCGCCUCUGAUUGGUCGCUUUUGUGGGGAUAAUUAUCCCCCACUGGUUGAAUCAAAAACCCGAUUCUUGUGGAUGAGAUUUAAAACAGACGAUCUCCUUCAAUACGGCGGAUUUAGAGCCAUAUACGAAUAUAUUAAAUCGGCUCAAAACGACGGGACCUCUUUUAACAAAGCGCCGCCUGUGUGCCGGAUCGAGAUGAGGGUAAACGCACAGAAUCCGGAUGGUGUUAUUACGUCACAGGAAUUUCCGUUUGGCGACGUCGAUGACCCCAACUACCCAACCCACCAACCGGUGGACUGCACGUGGGAGAUCCACACCGAACCCGGAUAUGGCAUCUACGUGCACACGGACAACUUGAAGAUGAAGACCCCGCGACGCUGUGACCACAACUACAUUGAAAUGUACACACGGACCACGCUGGAGAGCAACAAGCACGCGCGCUAUUGCGCAGGACCGGAAGCGAAGAUGAAAUCUGCGUACAACAGAGUGUUUGUGAGGGUGUUCGGGAACUCGGUGUCGACCCGGCCAUCUGUGAGACUCAUCUACACAGUGUUCAGACGAGACGCCAUGCGAGCAACAGAAUGCACUAGUAGCGAAUUCUAUUGUGCAGAGAUGUGCUUCAACCGGAAGUUGCUCUGCAAUGGACUGAGAAACUGUCCGGAUGGUCUGGACGAAGAUAACUGCGUGAAAGCUGCGAUUACGACCUCUGUAGAAGGAAUCCCGCUAUACGUGAUCGUGGUAGCCAGCCUGGGCGGCGUCCUCUUGACGCUGGUCGUCAUCGGUCUCUGCGUCUGGUGUCGCGCGCGGAGUCGGAGGGCGGAGAAGAAGAAACAGGAAGAGCUGAGACUAGAGAAGCAGCAGCAGCGACGCGGUCUCGACCGCGAGUUGUCCAACAGCACCAACACCACUCUGUCUAGACAAAAUGGAUCUAGUUCCGGUUCUGGCGCUGGAAGUGGUCACUACGCACCAUUUCCGCGGGGCGGGACCACGAACAAGGAUCCGACUCACAGAUACAGUCUGGGUAGCUCGGUUCAGCACUCGUCAGAAGGAGACCCGGCCGAACAGCUGUCCGAGUCCGGAAAUUACAAGAAGUUUUUGGCGAUGGACCUGUCUCCUGACGAGGAGUUCAGCCCGUGCCCCACGCUGUACAGCCAGACCGGAGUCGUGACCGUGGAGCGCCACCCCGGCCCAGACCUCAAGAACGCCGGUCUGAGGGGAUUCUACGCCAAUAACUGGAGGAACGACGACCCGUUGGCCUCCUAUCCGUACACGACGAGCCUGUCCCGGCCCAGCCCGUUCCUCUCCGUCUCCAAGCCGUACACCUACAGCCCCGAACACAAGUUCUUCAAAGGGAUGUCUUCAUUCAGAAAUAUAGACAGCGAUAUUAUACAAGAACAUCCAACUUCAUCUUAACUUACUGCGCCAUAAUUGUCCCUGUGACAUUUAAAUAUUGUUGGGCGUGCCGUGUGAAAGACGAAUUCAGACCACGUGUUACAAAGUGACGCAUAAACAGACUUGGGUUAUUUGUAUGGAUGAGUGUGCUCUGGUAAUACGCUUCAUGUUAUAUCUUAUUUCAUUGGUUGUGUGAGUUGUUGAUGUUAAUUAUCAUAUGCUAAUUCUUUCAGAGACCAUAUAUUAAUAAUAUGACUAUGGUGUUUUGUGUAAGAGAUAAUAUUCCAGACAAACGUUAGAAAGGGUUUUCAGAAAACUGAACGAGCUAUACCUUUACAAUCAAAACCAAGUCCACGUCUUAAGCUCUGGCUACCUUGACCACAAAAUGGGUUUCAUGUCGAUGUACUGCAGUUAACAGUGGGUACAACACUCACUGCUUGUGAUGGUAUGAACUGCUGUGUACAGGUAUUGUGUCAGUAUGCAGACUGCUUAUGAUGGAAUAAUCACAUCACAUCAGAGUUGUCCCGACAGUAAUCACAUCACAUCAGAGUUAUCAAAGCGGUAAACACAUCACAUCAGAGUUAUCCAGGCAGUAAUCACACCACAUCAGAGUUAUCCAGGCAGUAAUCACAUCACAUCAGAGUUAUCCCGGCAAUAAUCACACCACAUCAGAGUUAUUCAGGCAGUAAUCACACCACAUCAGAGUUAUUCAGGCAGUAAUCACACCACAUCAGAGUUAUCCAGGCAGUAAUCACACCACAUCAGUUAUGCAGGCACUAAUCACACCACAUCAGAGUUAUUCAGGCAGUAAUCACACCACAUCAGAGUUAUCCAGGCACUAAUCACAUGACAUGAGGGUUAUGCAGGCAAUAAUCACACCACAUCAGAGUCAUUCAGGCAGUAAUCACAUGACAUGAGGGUUAUCCCGGCAAUAAUCACACCACAUCGGAGUUAUCCCGGCAAUAAUCACACCACAUCAGAGUUAUCCCGGCAGUAAUCACACCACAUCGGAGUUAUCCAGGCAAUAAUCACACCAUAUCAGAGUUAUCCCGACAAUAAUCACACCACAUCAGAGUUAUUCAGGCAGUAAUCACAUGACAUAAGGGUUAUCCCGGCAAUAAUCACACCACAUCAGAGUUAUCCCGGCAAUAUUCCCACCACAUCAGAGUUAUCCCGACAAUAAUCACACCACAUCAGAGUUAUCCUGGCAAUAAUCACAACACAUCAGUUAUCCCGGCAAUAAUCACACCACAUCAGAGUUAACCCGGCAAUAAUCACACCACAUCAGAGUUAUCCCGGCAAUAAUCACACCACAUCGGAGUUAUUCAGGCAGUAAUCACAUGACAUGAGAGUUAUCCCGGCAAUAAUCACACCACAUCAGAGUUAUCCGCAAUCACAUCACAUCAGUUAUCCCGGCAGUAAUCACAUCACAUCAGAGUUAUCCCGGCAGCAAUCACACCACAUCAGAGUUGUCCAGGCAGUAAUCACACCACAUCAGAGUAAUCCGUAAUCACAUCACAUCAGUUAUCCCGGCAGUAAUCACACCAUACCAGUGUGAGAUGGAACUCUGUGUUCACCACAUUUUGAAACUGAUCAACAUGUCCAUAUUCAAUUGCCCAUGGUCAGAAUACACUUUUUAAAAAUGCUCAGGGCCCCGUUCCACGAAGCGAUCGUAGCCCUAAGAUCAGCUUAAGUGUAAUAGGAUAGCUAUGCGCUUACGGUAAUCUUAGGGCUAAGAUCGUUUCGUGGAACGGGGCCCUGGCCUGUAGAACUAUUAUGUGACGCGCUACAUGACACGUAGACGUACCCAUACACGUAAAGCCUACGAUACAUCUCCAAAGUCUCGGAGAAUCUGUGUCCGAUACCAAGUUUCCGAGACUUUUUUUUCUUAAUGUAUCGUCAAAAGACUCAAAGACUUUGUUUCUGCGACCAGUCUUUGAAGAUAGUGUAGUGUUCUCUUUGCAGAGAGAAGUCUCUGAAACAAAAUAUCAACUACCAAUCAGAAUAUAUAAAUAAAUCACAUGACAUGACUGGCCACGUGAUAUUAAUCAAAAUGGCGUGUGUCUGCGCGGAUAAUCAAAGGUUCAACCAAAUUCAGCAGCCGCUGCAAUGAUUCUGGUCCCAUUGGAAUAAACCUGGAAUAGCCGCCCACAUGCGUCACACGAACCUCCUCCUUAAGAUUAUCACAUGCCCCGAGAACGUCCCCAUUUCAGGGGCUUAAUUCACAAAGGUCUCUUAGGCUCUGCUAGACAACAAAGCAUCCUCUUUGCAAGUCUUUUAGCAUUGCACUGCCAGAUCGCAAAGUUGUGAGAGUUUCGUGAAUUAGGCCCCAGAUCCACUCCCGGACACGUAUAACGCGAGUCCUGCGUUUUCGUCUCGUUUUUAGUAUUAAACUAAUAACGGUAAUGUCAGCAACAGCAGCCAAGGCUGCAUGUGUGUCUGCCACUGUGCAAAGAAAUGACAGACGUGAUUCCGAAACAAAGUCUCUCAAAAUAAAAUAAGUGUAUCGUCAAAAGUCUCGAAAACGAAGACUUUGUUUCAGAAUCUAAGUCUCGGAGACUUUGUAGAUGUAUCAUCGGCUUUAAAGGGACAUUCCUGAGUUUGUUGCAUUGCAAGAUGUUUCCGACUAAUAAAAUAUUUCUACGAUUAAACUUACAUAUUAAAUAUAUUUUCUUGU